AAAGUGUAGUGUAGAAUAAGUGAAACAGUAGUGUACCAUCGUAGUAAGCUGAGGUAAGUGUAGUUCACCUUAAAUGCGUGUUUGUUUCUCGUUUAUCCGCAGCAUCGUGAUCGUGACGCAGUUACUGAUAUUAUGAAGGAACACCGGAUGAUAAGAAAGGCUAUGGGAUGAAGAUGCUCACAAUUCCAUACUAAACUUUGAGGAGAACGUGUCGUGUACUUUGCCGUGUAGGAAGGGCCCGGUGGCGUCGAGUUGGCCAAGUAGUGUAACCUUGCCUACCUUUCUGCGGUCGAUGGCCUUUACGGGGGGAGAAGAACUUCGAGCAGGCACUGAAGGAUGCGCUUAACUUUUGAACGAAGUGAAGUGAUCGAUUGAAUGAUUUGUGCAGCAACAGCAGCAUCCGGUACACCAUGUGCAGCAGACACAGCAACCGGUGCAAGUACCUCAUCCUCAAGAUACGUGGAGUGCUAGUUACCGGUACGCAGAAUGGGGGAGGUGAAGGAUGCGCUCACCUUUCGAACAAAGAUGCUCCGUUGCCAGCCCGUACGCCAUACGUGAAUGGUGCCGGUGGUGUGCCGAAGGAAAUCGCCGGUCGUGAGUGGAGUGCGGAGACGAUAGAGGACGUCAAUGCGACUACAACGGUGCUUGCCCUGAAGCAUGGACCGAAAAUGUUCAUCGAAAACUACUUCCGUAAUGGCACGCCACCGCUAUCACGACAUCACCGCGGCGCGGGAGAAAGAUCGGCUACGGCCCUGAUCGUCAAUGGGGAGUCCCCUCUGCUGAUCGGGAAUGGUAGCAGCUGCUGCUCGUCAUCCGACGAACGGAUCCACAAUGAAUUACUGCGGCAUGCACUGACGCAUCAUCCGCUCCAUCACCACCACCAUUCGAAUCAGCAUCACAGUGAGGUUCAGCAACGGUACCUCAUCGGAUGCUACUUACGAAAACAGCGAGGAAAGGAUGUGGAGGAAUGUAUCGGCCAAGGGAAUGUGCUCUCCUCGCCAGCCUCGUUGAACGGUUUGUUAAAGCGAUCGGCACCGAAUGAUUCGUACAGUGGCACCCCGACUGGCCAUCAUCACCAUCACCACCAUAAUCGGCAGCAACUCGUUGCUCACCGGAUCAACGAACAAUGCGGAUAGCAAACGGUGCCGGCACUCCUCCACCACAUCAUCCACAUAAUCUCGGCACGGAGUACGGUGGCCCAGUACCACUGUCAUUGCCAGGUACGGGUAUCACGGUGUCCCCAUACUAAGGUGGAAUUCUGCAUGCUGCUAGCAUAGCUUCGGACGAUCUACUAGCGUUACACCUCGCCACCACGGCAAAGAAAACCAAAGCCCGCAUCGGAACGGCAGUGAUCCAGCAGUUGCGUAUGCUGUGAAGGUGAUGUUGCCGUCAG